CGCGGCCGGUGCUCAGUAUGGUUGUGGGGCGCGGAGUGAACGCACCGCUCCUGCCCACGUGACACCUGGUCCUCGACUUUGCUACGUAAGACACGUCCGAAGAGUUUGACAUUCUGUUAAAGACAUUUUUGGAAACGCACAGCAGAGAUGAUGAACUCGUAUUUCGAGCAAGCCAGCACCUUCUACGGGGCCCAGGGCUCCGAACAGUCGGCGUACCGCACGUUCCCGCUCAGCCUGGGCAUGUCGCCGUACGCCCAACACCAUCACCAGUCGCGUCCGCAGGACUCACCGUACGACGCGUCAGCCGCCGCUGCUGCAGCUGCUGCCGUCGCUUCGUGCAAGCUUUACUCCUCGCAGAUGCAGUCCGCGGCCGAAACUGCCUACAAGUCGGCCGCGGACGCCAAAAAUUCCUCCAACUCCUCGUCCGACCAGCAGAAUGGGUACGCGGCCGCCUUGGCCGCCGCCACGGCCACAUCCAAGUCUGAUAUCGGAUCCUGGCCGCCGGCCUCCGGAGUGCCCGUGAGGCCUGCUGCUUGCACUCCUGACAGAUACUCCUCGGGGGCCGGAGGCGCCAAUGGCCUCUCCGACCAUCCCGCAGUCACCACAAGUCCGACAUCGGCCCAUCGGUCGGCGCUCAAUUGGAACAACUGCUCGCUCAAUGCCCCAGCGGCCGCCGUCAGUCAGCAGGCCUCUCAGCUUCAGCAGUCCUCCAACCACACUUUCUACCCUUGGAUGGCGAUUGCAGGUACAGGUGCAAAUGGCCUUCGCAGGAGAGGCCGGCAAACGUACACGCGAUAUCAGACUCUUGAACUCGAAAAGGAGUUUCACACAAACCAUUACCUGACGAGGCGGAGGAGGAUAGAGAUGGCUCAUGCGUUGUGUUUGACGGAACGGCAGAUCAAAAUAUGGUUCCAAAACCGACGCAUGAAACUGAAAAAAGAGAUCCAGGCCAUUAAAGAGCUCAAUGAGCAGGAGAAGCAGGCACAAGCGCAGAAAGCCGCUGCAGCGGCCGCAGCCCAAGCGCAACAGGCAGGAGGUGACGGGGGCCAUAACUAGGGCACACCGCCCCUGGCACCUUCUUCCCAGGGUCCCGGGGCGCCUUUGCACCACCACAACAGUAUGAUUCCCUCCUGCUGGAGUCAAGAAAACCAAAGAUAUCACGGAGCGAUGCUGCACCACAAAUACGAUCACUCUUCAUCCGUACUGCCACGUAACGUAUACGACGACGUCAAACCAAUCAUCUCGGAGGAGCCGCAGCAUAGCACUUCGCUCAUUGAGUAGGACGCAAACGUUACAAUUGUGUCAGUGCGCGCAGAUUCACCUCGUCCGGACACUGAAUUCUCUAGACUGUGGCGCGGGGUGUCUGAUUGAAUAUUCACGUCAUCGGUUGUGCCAAUUUAAGUUUAAGUUUUGUUGUUUCGCGAGCGGACACGCGACGAUCGUGCUGCACUUCUACUUUCUCGACAGACAGCCUGAGUUGUUCAAAUCGUGUGCGUUUUUUGUGAAUAUUACAUACACUAUGCAUUACUACAUACGUAAAAAUACUAAAUAGAUUACUACGAAUUACGAUCUACGCUGUAGAGGGUAUUAUUAUUACGCAAAACAUGCAUACUCUUGCUACGAUGAUGCUGAAUACCGAUUUACUACCAUUACGAAGAAAAUAAAUAAAAAAAAGUAUCCAAUAAAUAAGCCGAGCCUAACAAAAGUGCAAAGACAUCAACUCUCUCGAGAUACGUAAUUGCUGCAUUAAUUAAUUACUUACUACGUACAGAACCAGCGGAUAAAAGUAUAUAAAAUUGAGUGUACAGAGCUGAAUUCAGAUAGGUGUUGUUGUUAAAAUGGGUGUGUAUACAUUUAAAUAAGCGAAAAGACACGUGGAUUACCUACUAGUGACGGAGACGAGUGCAAAAUUAAUUAAAUUGUAUAAUUAUUAAUAUCCUAAAUGAAACGCGAUUCAUGUGGUAGUGCUUUUUAUGCGAAAAUUGUAUAAAAAAAUGAAAUCAUUUGUUCGAUUUGCUGGAACUAAAAAGCGUUUAAACAAAAGAAGUCAAACACAUUGUGUCUCACCUUAGGAAGUAGCAAUCAAUAAUUAAAAUAAUCAAUUAUAGUGCCAGACUAGUGGUGGAUUAUUUGUAAAUAUUAUAAACCUUGGAGGGAAACACACACAUAAUUGAUGAUUUUCGUACUGUGGAUGCAAAAAGUCUUAAUAACUUUUAGUGAGUAGUGCAACUGGAGGCAAAAAACACACAACUUGGAUUUACGGAGAAAAUAUAAUUAAAUUACCCGCUUGCAUGGAACGAUGUGAAUUUUUAAAGAUCGCACCUCGCUAAUCAUCAUCACAAUUUUGAUAAAAUUAAUAAUCAGAUCUGUAUCAAAAAUCAACCUAAAUUUAUUUCCUGUCAAAAACAAUUCUACCAAAACCAUUUAAACACUAUUUUCUCCCUGGAUUAACUCGCUAACCCAUAUGAUAGUCCACACCAGAGGACUAUUUUUCUGCAUGUAGAAUAAACAUCAAUGUAUACGAGGGAUCAUCCUUCAGUGACUGCGCAAUGCAGAUCUUUCACUGGACCGGCUGUCAGGUGUCAUAUAAUAAUAAUUAUUUUUAGAAAGUCCAGCCGGUCCACGAUUCAAACGCGUUUUAACCCUUCACAAUGCCGCAGCAGAGCAGUCACUGGGGGAUCCGAUUGCAAACACUUAAGUAUGCCAAACUGUUAAAAGACUCGUCUACUGUGUACAAUUACGAUAUAAUUAUAAUACGUACAAUUAAUUAGUUUUGAUACACACACACAGGUAAACACCCACACAUACACAGCCUCCUUUAAUUUCCGAAUCCAAGCUGCUAUACAGAUUAAUCAAAUUGAAAUUGAAAGUGCGGAUCAAAGAUAGAGAAAAGUUGUAUACAAAUCUAAUCUAAUCACUCUGAUUCUUGAGUCAAUGGAAACAAUUAUGGAAAUUUGUGUAAAUCGUGUUAUGAUUAUUAUGCUGCUAUCUAUUAAUUACGAUUAUAAUUACUACUGUCUCUAUAUGAUUGUACGCCUCCUGGAAUUUUGAUCGAUACUAAAUAUAUUUCUCUCUUCAUUAAAAAAAAAUAUAUCUAAACCCGCCGCGAGCUGUUUAAUCAAUUUUUAAUUAAGUGCCAUGAUAAUAAGUUGUUUUAGAUAUGCGCAUUAAAAAUGCCGAUGUUGAGUUCUUGCCUUAUUUGAUUUGUGUAACAUAACAAAAGAAGAGGAGACUGACAAAAUGUUUUCUAGAUUUUAUUUGCCGAUUAAAAUUUCUUGAAGAAUCAAAAUUCCAGAGGCACUUUCGUGUUUUUCGCCACAGCAGGGGGGCGUCGUUCAGGACGAGAUAUUCGAGCAAUUGAUUGUAAAAGAAGUAUAUGGAUUUAUUGAUUACUAACUCUAAAUAUUGGCGUCAUUGCUAUGUAUAAUAAAUUAUAUUGGUGGUCUCAAACGCAUUCUCUCUUUACACUCAGCUGAUGUAUUGUCUCUCUCUAUAUUCACGCGAUUAGGAGCAAAAAUAAUCUAAAAAAACGAACAAAUUAAAAAUUGAAAAAAAAAAAUACAAGAAUCUGUACCGUCUAUAAAAUUAAAGUAUAAUAGCGACAUGUUCGAUAAUAUUUGAUUGUAAUUUAUUUUAAAAUAAAACCAUCCAUAGAAAAUUAAACUCGAUUGUGAU